AUGUUGCAACUUGUAGUGUUGACCCUUUUGUCAUCAGUGUCUUGUUUCAGUUUUGAUGCUUAUGGAGAUGAGUUAGGGAAUACCGAAUGUGAUCCUCCAUGUUUACAGUACUCUCCUCCACCACCACCACCUUCUGGUGGCUACCCUAUAUAUACUGCACCUCCACCACCGCCACCACAUCAUGAGAAAGGGAAGUGUCCUCCAGCUGGAAGUGGUGUUGUGUGUUGUACACCUCCUGCUCCUUUAACUUAUGCUCCUCCUAAUCCUUACACCUAUGUGCCUUAUGAUGAAGGUGAACAUUCUGGUGGUUCUGGCUACAAUGUGGUUAUGCAAUUUCUGGUUCCGAUUUUGUUGUUAUUUUCAUCUUUUAUUCUCUUCUGA